AUGUCUCAACACAGUUCGCUAGGCUGGUCAGAUUGGGAGGAGGAUAAUCUUCUCCCCUGGCUGAAAAAAACCCGAGCUUUGUCUUGGGAUGCCCGUGCUGCCGCUUACCGUAUAAUGAAGAAUAUGGGAUCAAGCGAACUGUGGAAUCGCUACGAGGGAAAAAAUACCACAUUCUCCGCAAACGCCGUCUUAAUCGUGCGAAUGCAUCUGCACAUCACCCACAUUCAAAGCGCCAAAGACGUAUUCGACGACUUGGAGGUGCCAGAAAGAGAUUCUCAGCAUUCUCGAAUUCCAAGGCUCAAAAUAUCGACCAGUGACUUCAGAAAAUACCUUCAGCAGAAUCCACCGCUUCGGAGAACAGUUCCGCCACAGAAGAGUCAUAUUCCGUUUGUACGAAACCGGCUCCGCAUCAUCCUCAGUCACAAGAAUCCCAGUCCAGGUCCUGGCUUUGGGAUUAUGUACACCGUAUCUGUGCAGCCAAUAGUUAAAUCCUUGACUGAGCGUGGUCAUCUGGAAACAAAUAAGUGA